UUUUCCAAGCUCAAACCUUUGAUCUGAAAAAUCCUUCGCACAGAAGAACCAGUAGAUUCAGAUUCCUUCCAUGGCGGCGCGGUUCCUGAAAAACCCACCGACGGCCCAAAACCCCCAUUGGUACUCUGCCGAAACCGGAAUUUAUAGAAGCACAUACCCUUCGCUUCCAUUGCCGUCUGAUCCGUUUCUGGAUGUUGUUUCCUUCAUUUUCUCGCAUAAACAUGGCGGCGGGACCGCUCUGGUUGAUUCGAAAUCCGAGGGUUCAAUUUCAUACCCUGAAUUGCGUUCCCUUGUCAAGUCCACAGCCAGUGGCCUUCAUCACCAAAUGGGUGUUUCUCAAGGUGACGUCGUCUUAAUUCUGCUGCCCAAUUCCAUUUAUUUCCCUGUUCUUCUGUUGGGUGCUUUGAGUGUCGGUGCAAUUGUGACCACCAUGAAUCCUCUCAGCAGCUUGUUAGAGAUAGAGAAGCAGGUUCGUGAGUGUAAUGUGAGACUGGCAUUUACUACCCCUGAUAGAGUUGAUGAAUUGGAUAAAUUAGGCGUCCGGGCUAUUGGAUUGACAGAGAAUUUCGUGGUUGAUUCAAAAACUAAUUUGGGUUCUACUUUUGGAAAGCUGAUUUCAUCCGAUCCUAGAUCGGCCCCAAACCUGAGAAUCAAGCAACAGGACACUGCAGUUAUACUAUAUUCCUCAGGAACUACUGGGAGUUGUAAAGGUGUGUUGUUGACUCACCAGAAUUUCAUAGCUAUGGUUGUACUGUUUGUGCGGUUUGAAGCUUCACUGUAUGAGCAACUAAGUACAAUAAAUGUGUACUUGGAUGUUAUACCCAUGUUUCAUGUGUAUGGGCUGUGUCUCUUUGCGAUGGGGUUGUUAUCUCUGGGCACUACUGUGGUUGUGAUGGGAAAAUUUGAUCCUGAUGAGAUGGUAAGAGCUAUUGAAAAAUAUGGUGUUACUCAUUUCCCUCUUGUCCCACCAUUACUAAUGGCAUUGACAAGGAGAGCAAAACAUGUACAUCCAAAUUGUAUGAAGAGUUUGAAACAGGUUUCUUGUGGAGCUGCUGCAUUGAGUAUGCAAUGUAUCGAGGACUUCAUUCACACUCUCCCCCAUGUUGACUUCAUUCAGGGUUAUGGCAUGACUGAGUCCACGGCUCUCGGAACACGCGGUUUUAAUACCGAGAAGCUACGUAAUUACUCGUCAGUUGGACUUCUUUCACCAAACAUGGAAGCCAGAGUUGUUGAUUGGAUUACUGGUUCAUCGUCACCUCCAAACAGCACUGGUGAGCUCUGGCUACGUGGUCCUGGUGUCAUGAAAGGGUAUGUAAAUAAUGUUGAGGCCACCAAGUCUACAAUAGACGAUGAUGGUUGGCUUCACACAGGUGACAUUGUUUACUUUGACGAAAAUGGAUAUCUUUAUGUGCUUGACCGCUUGAAAGAUGUCAUAAAAUAUAAGGGCUUCCAGAUUGCUCCUGCUGAUUUAGAAGCUGUAUUGUUGUCUCAUCCAGAUAUUAUUGAUGCUGCAGUAACCUCAGACAUUGAUGAGGAAGCUGGGGAAAUCCCAGUGGCCUUUGUGGUUAAGAGAGCUGACUGUGCUCUGUGUUCGACAGCUGUAAUCAAUUUUGUAGCCCAACAGGUCUCUAUUUCCUGCCCCCCCCCCAUUGUGUAUUAGUUAGUGUGUGCUCAAAAGUGAAGAAGCAGUAGCCUGAGGAUCUUUGGUUGCAUAACAGCUCAAGGAUAUACUUUUCUGGCAGGUAGCACCAUACAAGAAAGUCAGAAAGGUCUUCUUUAGAGAAUGUAUACCAAGGUCUGCAGCAGGUAAGGUUCUGAAAAGGGAACUGAAGAACAUCUCGAGUUCGAGAAUGUAAGCUCUGCAUGUGACAUAUGCUACAUAAAAGCCCACUUCAGCUUACUUAUAAAUAUCUUAAAGCAUUUCUUAUACAUUGUUGGAGAAAAGUGGGAAAGUGUUCAAUAGUUUGUAAUACGGCCUUAUGAUUCCAUACACCUUGCUCUUUUUUCUUUUGGAAAUAACAAUGGGAAUAAAUACUGGGUACUUUUGAUCAUCUGUGGUAACCUUUUUUAUUCACUUAUGUGAUGGGUCAUCAAAGUUUCACGCCUGCACCUCUCGUCCUUGGAGCUAUGGUUUACAUUUUUAAAUGAAUAAUUGUUGAUGUGUUUGUUC